AUGGAAACCAAAGCUGAUGCUGAAUCUUUCUGGACUUGGAAUGCCGACAAGAACGCCAACCAAAAACAAUUCUCUGUUACGAAGUUCCUAGGAAACAACAAUAAAACUCCCAAAGCUCAAACAUCAGUGUUGGGUCCUGGCUUCGGAGCUGGCAUCGGAUGCGGCGCCGGAAUAGGUUUGGGUUUGGUUGGUGGGUUGGGGUUCGGAGGCUGGCCGCCCUUCAACCACCUCCACCUGGUUUUUGGCCUGGGAAUGGGUUGUGGAGUUGGUGUUGGCUUCGGCUUCGGCCAAGGCAUUGGAUACGAUUUUAGUUUCCAGACUCGUAAGUCUAGAAAGUCCAACAAAAGAUUUUCAGAUCCCCACAAAACAGUUGUUAUUCAGAUUUGA